AUGGCGCGGGUCUACGCAGAUGUCAACCAGAACAUGCCCAGGAGCUACUGGGACUACGACAGCGUCAACAUCAGCUGGGGUGUACUCGAGAACUACGAGGUCGUGAGGAAGAUUGGCCGGGGCAAGUACUCGGAGGUAUUCGAGGGAAUCAACGUCGUCAACUACCAGAAAUGCGUCAUCAAGGUGCUGAAGCCGGUCAAGAAGAAGAAAAUUAAGAGAGAGAUCAAGAUUCUACAGAACCUGGCUGGUGGCCCAAACAUUGUCGCGCUGCUGGACGUCGUGCGAGACUCACAGAGCAAAACACCGUCCCUCAUCUUCGAAUUCGUCAACAACACCGACUUCCGGAGCCUAUAUCCAAAAUUCAAUGACUUUGACGUCAGAUACUACAUUCUCGAGCUCCUCAAGGCGCUAGACUUCUGUCACAGCAAGGGCAUUAUGCACCGAGAUGUGAAGCCUCAUAACGUUAUGAUCGAUCAUGAGAACAGAAAGCUGCGUCUGAUCGAUUGGGGUCUGGCCGAGUUCUACCAUCCCGGAACGGAAUACAACGUUCGCGUUGCCUCUCGCUAUUUCAAGGGGCCCGAACUGUUGGUGGAUUUCCAGGAGUAUGACUACAGCUUGGACAUGUGGAGUUUGGGAGCCAUGUUCGCGUCGAUGAUCUUCAGGAAGGAGCCGUUCUUCCAUGGCAACUCCAACUCGGAUCAGCUGGUGAAGAUUGCCAAGGUGCUCGGCACGGACGACCUCUUCGAUUACCUCGACAAGUACGAAAUUGAGCUUGACGCACAGUACGAUGAUAUCCUAGGCCGCUUCCAGAAGAAGCCCUGGCAUAGCUUUGUCAACACUGAGAACCAGAGAUUCGUUAGUAACGAGGCGAUUGAUUUCUUGGACAAGCUUCUCAGAUACGAUCAUCAGGAACGACUCACUGCCAAAGAAGCCAUGGGCCAUCCAUAUUUCGAGCCAGUCAAGGAUCCGGUGGUGCUGCAGCAGUAUCUUGGAGGUGGUGUUGGCAGCGUGCCAUCCUGA